AUGCGUGUUGUCCAUGAGAUCAGAAAUUAUCCAUAUCCUCAGUUACACCUGCUGGCUCUUCAAAGCCUCAGUCCGUCUCGGCACGCGACGGCAGUGCGGGAGAGUUACGAGGAGCUCCUGCAGUUGGAGGACAGACUGGGAAAUGUGAACAGAGGCGCAGUGCAGGCCACCAUCGAGAGGUUUACCUUUCCUCACAAGUAUAAAAAGAGAAAGACCCUGGAGCUGAAGAUCGGCAUGGAUGAAGAGGAGCUCGACACGGAUGAAAAAUGCACAAUAUGUCUCUCAAUGCUUGAAGACGAAGAGGACGUCAGGUAG